UUGGCCUUCAGACAGUGACGGGGGAGGGUUGACGCUCAUGCUUCCUCCUCAAACCCGUUAAUACGCCAUCUAAACCUCCCUGGUCUUGGACACUUUAAAAAUUACAACAACAACAACAACAACAACAACAACAACAACAACAACAACAACAACAAUAACAAUAACGAAGAAAUAAGAAGAAGAAGAUGAAGGGGAAAUAGAAGAAGAAGAAGAGGAGGAAGAAGAAGACCAAUAAACAACAAUAAAUAAAACAAAUAACAAGAAAAAUAAUAAUAAUAAUAAUGAAAACUAACACAAAAACAAACCGACAACCACCAUCGCCACCAAACCGACAACCACCAUCGCCACCAAACCGACAACCACCAGCGCCACCUCACCGACAACCACCAUCACCACCCUGGCUGGCGGUGGCGCUGGUGGUGGUACUGACCUGCCUAGCCAACACGCCCCAGGUCACAGGUCACGUGGCCUUGACCUUCCCCCCGCCCGCCGUUAUGACCUCGACUUCCUGGACAGCUUCCGCACCCAAGGACCCUGUGGAAUGCCCAAGGGUGAUAUUAAGACGAGUUUGCUGCAGGGGUCCACCUUCAACGUGUCCUGGCACCUCGCCUACCCCCACCGUGGCGGGUUCAGGUUAGAGUUGCUAGACCCAAGGGAAAGACCUCUGGCGGAUUUGACCCCAACCACUGCUACUUCUAAGUUCCUAACUGGAGAUGCCACGGCGCAAGAAUACCGCGUGACCUUGCCCUCUGACCUCGAAUGCCGUGACUGCUCUAUUCGUUUGCUGCGGCAGGCGUCAGAGUGGGGCGCCAAGUACAUGUUCUGGUCCUGUGCUGACGUGGACAUUGUGCCUAGGAGCGACUACAGGGAGCGUUGCAGCGGUAACGGCCGUUUGAUGGUGAACAACUGCAGGUGCAACAAGGGGUACUAUGGGGAACGCUGCCAAUUUGCCAACGAGUGUGAAGAUGACUCCCAGUGUGGUGUGUUUGGCAAGUGUGUUGAUGUCAAGGCCACUGGGUACCCUAAGAAACUGUGCUACUGCAGGGCUGGUCGCUUCGGGCCCAAAUGCGGGACUACUUCCCUCGUCACUAACCGGAAGCAGGUGAACUUAGCAGCUCUGAACAAAAAAAUCCUCUCUGACGACCUGACCCUGUACUGGCGCGUCCUGCAGAUAGAACAGGAGCUGGAGGUCGUCCUGGUCAACAACGGGUCAUCCUACGCUGCCCUGGGGUGGCGUCCCGCAGGAAUGGGCAAGGAAUGUAAAGGUUACCCAUACAUUGCAGAAGACAGCUUAGCCAACAGUGCUUGGAGACCUGAAGAUGAUGAUGUUCUGUUGGUUUCCAGUGCUGCCCAACCUGAACCUGAGACUGAACCAGAACCAGAGGGCGAACCGGAACCACACGGCGAACCGGAACCACACGGCGAACCGGAACCGAAACCAGAAGGCGAACCGGAACCGGAAAGCAAACCAAAGAGCGAACCUGAACCGGAAAGCGAACCGAAAAGCGAACCGGAACCGGAAAGCGAACCGAAGAGCGAACCUGAACCGGAAAGCGAACCGAAAAGCGAACCGGAGCCUCAAAGCGAACCGAAGAGCGAACCGGAACCGGAAAGCGAACCGAAAAGCGAACCAGGACCAAAUGGCAAGGGCGAACCGAAACCAGAACCGGAACCAGAGAGCGAACCGAAGGGCGAACCGGAGCCGACAAGCGAACCGGAACCAGAACCACACGGGAAGGCCAAACCGGACCCAGAGGCAGGAAGUGAACCUAAAAGCGAACCGGAACCAGAACCGGAGGGAGAACCAGGUCCACCGGGGGGGCUGCUGGUGCCUAACCGGAAGAAGAGAGAAGCUGGCAGCAGGCAGAGGAGGUUCGCGGUUCCUCUACUGAAGGAGGACGCCGAACCAGUCAAGGCCGAGCCAGAACCUGAACCAGAGGCAGAGAGCGAACCGAAGGCCGAGGGUGAACCAGAACCAGAACCGGAGACUGCCAGCACCAGCGAGGCCGUGACCAAGAAGAAAACGGCAUUCACACCAAAGGGGGACUUCCACGCGAUGGACUGCACUGACAUUGUGGUUGGUGUGGCGAAUGGCAACCACUACCGCAUUGACGACUUCUACACCAGGGACAGGUCAACGCCACGACCUGAUAGCUAUGGGGGCGCGACCUCUCUCACGGCUGCCUUGGGAUGGGAGGUGGAUGGUCAGACAACGAUUUUAUUCAGGAGAAAACUUGAAGCAUCAGAGCCCACAGACCACCCCAUCACGAAGGGCGCCAUGCACGUCAUCUGGGCUCGAGGUCAAGAGGUCGGCAAUUAUGUCCACUCCCCAAAGUCAGGGCUUGAGUCAGGGCCGGCCAGCGUUCAAGAUUUUUACCGGCCAGGAGAACUUAAGUAUCAUGGGAAGAAGGGUCAGAGAGGUGUUUUGACCUUAGAUUUCUUAGAAUCCAAGGAAAAGACCGACAGCAAAGGGAAGGAGGAGGUGGACUGGUGCGGCGAUCACUGGCGUUACCCCUCGUCUUGUAAACCCGGCAAGGACUGCGAAUAUUACGCGAAGUGGAAGUACAAUGAACAGACUGACUAUAUCACCUUCCUCGUCCAGACGUCAGAGAAGGAACGGUGGACUGGUAUUGGAUUCACCGACAACAGGAGGAUGUCGCUAACGGACGCUGUGAUUGGCUGGGUGGAGCUGAGUGGUCGUUAUUUCAUGUACGACGCCUGGGCACGAGGCUACACCUCCCCUGUCGUCGAUCCUAACCAGGGGAUUAAGAAUUUCUCAGCAUCUAUAGAAGACGGAAUUACUACACUCAAUUUUGAAAGAAAGAGAGUGUCUGGUGAUGCUGAAUAUGACCUGAGCUUCACGGACGACCAGUGUCUGUACAUGGUGUUCCCAAUUAAGGGCGGCAUUGUUAAUUUUGUGUCCAAGAAGAUCAGAAAACACACCCUUACUCCGAUCAUGUCCCCAGAGAGAAUAUGCAUCCGGUCGUGCUCCAAGUUCGGAGGUGCUGACGGCCGCCCAUUUGUAUACACCACGACCCCCCGACCUCCCCGCCUUCACUACGAGGUGGAGGUGAAGCUGACUGACGUAGGAAAUGACUUUGUGGUGCCCGAGAGGGGGUCAACCGCGUGGAACCAGCUGACCAAUCGUAUGCGAGAUACCGUGGAGGGUGCCCUGACCUCUGUGCCUGGGUAUUUGGCGACUGAAGUGACCUCUGUCUCUCCUGACGGUGCUGGCAACUUGCUGACUAAGAUGGAGGUGAUGAUUGAUGAGAAAAACCAUUUAGCUGAAGUGGGCACCCUUCCUGAGCUGAAUAGUGACGGUCAGGUCGGGGAGAACUCCAUGGUCCGGCAGAUCCUCCAGCAGACCAUCGCGGGGGGUGCCAUGGGGAACCUCCGAGUGGAUCCCCAGUACCUGCGUGUCUCGGAGAUUAGAGCAGAGACGUCCAGCACCAGCAACACUGUCACCAGUUUGUCAGGGGAGGAGCAGAACGCAGCUCUGAGUUUCCUGGCAGUGAACAAGAACUGGGUAAUUGUCGGCAUUGUUGCGGCUCUGGUGGUGCUAACGAUCAUUCAAGCUGCUGUGACAAUUGCCCGUAACAAGAAGAGUGGUUCCCCGCCUGUCUCCACUAAGGAGCGCCUCAUUACAAACUCAGGGUGGCGUGACUACAGCGGCACCCAAAACUACAUUUACGACACCACAGAAAUGAGAGAAAAUGGAAUGAACGCCAGACGCCAAGGGAAUGCGCACACACACACGCACACGCCGCAAAAUGGACGCCAGGCACCUGUUAGGGCACAAACGGCCCUGAAUGGUCACCACAGCAUCCACACACAGCCAAUGACAGACACGAGGUCACUUCAACGCCCCAGAAGCAUUCCACAGCAGAAAAUUGAGUCAAAAUCCACUUAUUCCCUCCCUCGCGCCGCUGGACACUCCCAAGGGCAUCCCCAAGGGCAUUCUCAAGGUCAUCACCCACAAGGUCACCCGCAAGGUCAUCCCCAAGGUCACAGUAGGACUCCCUCAGGCCCCAAGGAUGUGACCCCAGAUUUUUAUUAUUUGCCUUCUCAAAGAAAAUACACAGGGGAGGUUGUACGUGUGUAUGUUGAUUACAACGAGUGAGGUGGUGGUGGUGGUGGUGGUUGUGCUGGUGGUUGUGGUGGUGGUGGUGGUGGUGGUGGUUGUGGGGGGUUUCUCUUUCUCUCGCUCUCUCUUUCUGUUUCUGUUUUUGGGGUCUCUCUCUCUCUCUCUCUCUCUCUCUCUCUCUCUCUCUCUCUCUCUCUCUCUCUCUCUCUCUCUCUCUCUCUCUCUCUC